AGAAAAGAGAGCCGCACAGUUUAACAACAAGCACAAUCACCGGGAAGAAGAUGGCGUCGAGAGACCAAGUUAAGGCGUCGCACAUUCUGAUCAAGCACCAAGGAUCUCGUAGGAAGGCGUCGUGGAAGGAUCCCGAAGGAAAGAUCAUAAUGGCUACUACCAGAGAAGCAGCCGUCGAACAGCUUAGAUCGAUCCGCGAAGACAUCGUCUGUGGCAAAGCUAACUUCGAGGAUGUGGCCACUCGCGUUUCCGACUGUAGCUCCGCCAAACGCGGCGGCGAUCUAGGUCCGUUUGGGCGAGGCCAAAUGCAGAAACCGUUUGAGGAAGCAACAUACGCACUCAGGGUUGGUGAUAUAAGUGAUAUUGUGGAUACAGACAGUGGAGUCCAUAUCAUAAAGAGAACAGCUUGAUCCCUCAUCUCCUCUCCUCCAAAGCCGAUCAUGUAUCAGAAGUGACCAGUUUUUUAUUUUCCUUGUCUUCUUGACCAAAGUUAAAGAAGAUAGAAGAAUAAUAAUAAGAUAAAGCUUUGCUAUUGUGGUUUAAAUUCUGCAUGGAUUUGAUACAAGCAAAACAUAUAGUAAUAAUAAAACAAGAUAUUGUAUCUCAAUUUCUUCUUUAUAACUUCAUAAUAACACA